CUUGGCGGCGGCGGCGUGUGGCAUCACCCCACUGGCGGCGGCGCGCCGGGUCCCGGGGCGCAGCCCCGACUCUCAUUGGCCUGGGCGGCGCAGCCAAGCUGUCAGCCCAUGUGGCGUGUCCGCGCGGGGACGGCCGCAGUUAAAUAGAGUCGGCGCCGGCCUAGAGGGAGCCAGAGAGACGGCAGCGGCCCGGCCUCCCCUCCUCCGCCGCCGCGCUCCAUCCUCGCUCAGUCGUCCGCCCGCAUCGCCGCCCGCGCCCAGACCAGGGAGCAGCAUGGAGGAGGUGGUGAUUGCUGGCAUGUCUGGAAAGCUGCCCGAGUCGGACAAUGUGCAGGAGUUCUGGGACAACCUCAUCGGUGGCGUGGACAUGGUGACGGAUGACGACAGGCGAUGGAAGGCCGGACUCUACAGCCUGCCCAAGCGGUCUGGCAAGCUGAAGGACCUGUCCAAGUUCGACGCCACCUUUUUUGGGGUCCACGCCAGGCAGGCGCAUACGAUGGACCCCCAGCUGCGUCUGCUGCUCGAGGUCUCCUACGAGGCCAUUGUGGACGGAGGCAUCAACCCUGCCUCGCUUCGAGGGACAGACACCGGCGUCUGGGUGGGUGUGAGCGGCUCUGAGGCCUCAGAGGCUCUGAGCCGAGACCCUGAGACACUCGUGGGCUACAGCAUGGUGGGCUGCCAGCGGGCCAUGAUGGCCAACCGCCUCUCCUUCUAUUUCAACUUUAAAGGGCCCAGCGUCGCUCUGGACACGGCCUGCUCCUCCAGCCUGCUGGCCCUGCACAGUGCCUACCAGGCCAUCCGCAGCGGGCAGUGCCCCGCGGCCCUCGUGGGUGGCAUCAAUGUCAUGCUCAAGCCCAACACGUCUGUGCAGUUCCUAAAGCUGGGCAUGCUCAGCCCCAACGGCACCUGCAGGUCCUUCGACAAGGACGGGGAUGGCUACUGCCGCUCGGAGGCCGUGGUGGCCAUCCUGCUGACCAAGAAGUCCCUGGCCCGGCGGGUGUACGCCACCAUCCUGAACACAGGCACCAAUACGGAUGGCUUCAAGGAAGAAGGCGUGACCUUCCCCUCCGGAGAGACCCAGGGGCAGCUCAUACGCUCCCUGUACGAGCCGGCCGGGUUGGACCCCGAGUCCCUUGAGUACAUUGAAGCCCACGGCACAGGCACCAAGGUCGGCGAUCCCCAGGAGCUGAAUAGCAUUGCCCAAAGCCUGUGCACCACCCGCCAGGAACCCCUGCUCAUCGGGUCCUCCAAGUCGAACAUGGGGCACGCAGAGCCUGCCUCGGGCCUGGUGGGGCUGACCAAGGUGCUGCUGUGCCUGGAGCACGGACUCUGGGCCCCCAACCUGCACUUCCACAGCCCGAACCCCGAAAUCCCAGCGCUGUGGGAUGGGCGCCUGCAGGUGGUGGACCAGCCCCUGCCCGUCCGUGGGGGCAACGUGGCCAUCAACUCCUUUGGCUUUGGCGGCUCCAAUGUGCACGUCAUCCUCCAGCCCAACUCACGCCCGCCCCCGGCACCCGCCCCGCACGCUGCCCUGCCCCGCCUGCUGCUGGCCAGCGGGCGUACCACUGAGGCUGUGCAGAGCUUGCUGGAGCAAGGCCGCCAGCACCACCAGGACCUGGCCUUCGUGAGCAUGCUCAAUGACAUUGCGGCUACCCCUACCACCACCAUGCCCUUCCGUGGCUAUGCCGUGCUGGGCAGCGAGGGCAGCGGCCAGGAGUUGCAGCAGGUGCCCAACGGCCAGCGCCCGCUCUGGUUCAUCUGCUCUGGGAUGGGCACGCAGUGGCGCGGGAUGGGGCUCAGCCUCAUGCGCCUGGCCAGCUUCCGAAGCUCCGUCCUGCGUUCCGAUGAGACCUUGAAGCCCCUGGGCGUGCAGGUGGCGGACCUGCUGCUGAGCACGGACGAGGCCACCUUCGAUGACACUGUCAAUGCCUUUGUGAGCCUGACUGCCAUCCAGAUCGCUCUCAUAGACCUGCUGACCUCCAUGGGCCUGAGGCCGGAUGGCAUCAUUGGGCACUCACUGGGGGAGGUGGCCUGUGGCUAUGCCGACGGCUGCCUCUCUCGGGAGGAGUCCAUCCUUGCCGCCUACUGGAGGGGCCAGUGUAUCAAGGAGGCCAACAUCCCACCAGGGGCCAUGGCGGCCGUGGGCUUAUCCUGGGAGGACUGUAAGCUCCGCUGCCCCCCGGGCGUUGUGCCCGCCUGCCACAACUCCAAGGACACGGUGACCAUCUCGGGACCUCAGCCUGCAGUGUCCGAGUUUGUGCAGCAGCUGAGAAAGGAGGGCGUGUUCGCCAAGGAGGUACGGACGGGUGGCCUGGCCUUCCACUCACACUUGAUGGAGGACAUUGCCCCCUCACUGCUUCGGGAACUCAAGAAGGUGAUCCGUGAGCCACGGCCCCGCUCCGCACGCUGGCUCAGCACCUCCAUCCCCGAGGCCCAGUGGCAGGGCAGCCUGGCCCGCACGUCCUCGGCUGAGUACAACGUCAACAACCUGGUGAGCCCCGUGCUCUUCCAGGAAGCGCUGUGGCACGUGCCGGAGCACGCCGUGGUGCUGGAGAUCGCCCCCCACGCCCUGCUGCAGGCCGUCCUCAAGAGAGGCCUCAAGCCCAGCUGCUCCAUCGUCCCCCUGAUGAAGAAAGACCACGCAGACAACCUGCAGUUCUUCCUCAGCAACGUGGGCCAGCUCCACCUGGCUGGCAUUGACGUCAACCCCAAUGGCCUGUUCCCACCUGUGGAGUUCCCAGCUCCCCGGGGGACCCCACUCAUCUCCCCCCACAUCAAGUGGGAUCACAGCCAGACCUGGGACGUGCCUGCCGCCAGGGACUUCUCCAGUGGCUCUAGCUGCUCCUCCGUCACCGUCUACAACAUUGACACUAGAACCGAGUCCCCUGACCAGUACCUGGUGGACCACAGCAUCAAUGGCCGUGUCAUCUUCCCCGCCACCGGCUACCUGUGCCUGGUCUGGAGAGCACUGGCGCGCGCCCUGGACGAAAAUAUGGAGCAGAUGCCUGUGGUGUUUGAGGACGUGACACUGUACCAGGCCACCAUCCUGCCUAAGACAGGCCCCGUGGCCCUGGAGGUGCGGCUUCUGGAGGCUUCCCGCGCCUUCGAGGUGUCUGAGAACGGCAACCUGAUAGUGAGCGGGAAGGUGUACCAGUGGGAGGACCCCAACCCCAAGCUCUUCGCCAGUCGAGGUGGCCCGGCCCCGGCGGGCCCCAUGGCCACGUUCCAUCUGGCCCAAGAGGACGUGUACAAGGAGCUGCGGCUGCGAGGCUACAACUACGGCCCUCACUUCCAGGGCAUCCUCAAGGCCAACCUGGAAGGCAGCACAGGCCAGCUGCAGUGGAACAACAACUGGGUGACCUUCAUGGACGCCAUGCUGCAGACAUCCAUCCUGGGCUCCAGCCAGCGCAGCCUGCGUCUGCCCACCCGCAUCGGCGCCGUCCACAUUGACCCGGCCACCCACCAGCGGCAGGUGUAUGCACUGCAGGGCGAGGCCCAAGCUGUUGAUGUGGUGGUGGACAGCUGUCUGCAGAGGAUAGUGGCUGGUGGCAUCCGUAUCUCACGGCUGAACACCUCAGUGGCCCCGCGUCGGCAGCUGGAACAGCUGGCGCCCAUCCUGGAGAAGUACUGCUUCACACCCUACGUGGAGGGCAGGUGCCUGGCCGGGAGUGUGGCCCUGCAGGAGGAGCUGCAGCGGUGCCGGGGGUUGGCACAGGUGCUGCAGACCAAGGUGGCCCAGCAGGGGCUGAAGAUGGUGGUGCCUGGACUGGAUGGGGCCCAGGUCCCCCGGGACCCCCCGCAGCACGGCCUGGCUCGGCUGCUGGCAGCCGCCUGCCAGCUACAGCUCAACGGGAACCUGCACCUGGAGCUGGGCCAGUUGCUGGCCCGGGAGAGGCCCCUGCUGCAUGGCGACCCACUGCUCAGCGGCCUCCUGGACUCCCCAGCGCUCAAGGCCUGCGUGGACACUGCCAGGGAGAACUUGACCAGCUUCAAGAUGAAGGUGGUAGAGGUGCUGGCUGCUGAUGGCCACCUGUACUCCCGCAUCCCGGCGCUGCUCAACACCCAGCCCAUGUUGCAGCUGGAAUACACGGCCACCGAUCGCCACCCCCAGGCCCUGGAGUCUGCCCAGGCCAGCCUUCAGCAGCACGAGGUGGCCCAGAGCGAGUGGGACCCUGCAGAGCCUGCCCCCAACAGCCUGGGUGCAGCUGACCUCCUGGUGUGCAACCUCGCUGUGGCCACCCUUAGGGACCUGGCCACAGCCCUUGGCAACAUGGCAGCCGCUGUCAAGGAGGGUGGCUUCCUGCUGCUGCACACCCUGCUCAGAGGACACCCCCUCGGGGAGACAAUAGCCUUCCUGACCUGCCCGGAGCCACAGCCUGGCAGGCAGAGCCUCCUGAGCCAGGGGGAGUGGGAGAGCCUGUUUGCUGGAGCAACCCUGCACCUGGUGGCGCUGAAGAGGUCCUUCUAUGGCUCCGUGCUCUUCCUGUGCCGCCGGCCGGCCCCACAGGACAGCCCCAUCUUCCUGCCUGUGGAGGACACCAGUUUCCGAUGGGUGGACUCGCUCAAGAGCGUUCUGGGCGACUCCUCCUCCCGGCCUGUGUGGCUGACGGCAGUGGGCUGCACCACAUCGGGCGUCCUGGGCAUGGUCAACUGUCUGCGCAGGGAGCCUGGAGGUCACCGGGUCCGGUGCAUCCUGGUGUCCAACCUCAACAGCACGUCCCCCAUCCCCAAGAUGGACCUAGGCUCCACGGAGCUGCAAAAGGUGCUGCAGGCGGACCUGGUGAUGAACGUGUACCGGGACGGGGCCUGGGGGGCCUUCCACCACUUCCCCCUGGAACCCGACCAGCCAAAGGAGCAGACAGAGCAUGCCUUCGUAAACGUUCUCACCCGGGGGGAUCUCUCCUCCAUUCGCUGGGUCUGCUCCCCACUGCGCCAUACCCCGACGCCCAGCCCCGGGGUCCAGCUCUGCACUGUUUACUACGCCUCCCUCAACUUCCGGGACAUCAUGCUGGCCACGGGCAAGCUGUCCCCUGAUGCCAUUCCAGGGAAGUGGGCCGCCCGGGACUGUAUGCUGGGCAUGGAGUUCUCCGGCAGAGACGCCAGCGGCAAGCGUGUGAUGGGGCUGGUACCCGCCGAAGGCCUGGCCACCUCCGUCCUGCUGUCUCAGGACUUCCUGUGGGAUGUGCCUUCCAGCUGGACCCUAGAGCAGGCGGCCUCGGUGCCUGUUGUCUACACUACGGCCUACUACUCCCUAGUGGUGCGCGGGCGCUUGCAGCCUGGGGAGACGUUGCUCAUUCACUCGGGCUCGGGUGGCGUGGGCCAGGCCGCCAUCACCAUCGCCCUCAGCCUCGGCUGCCGAGUCUUCACCACUGUGGGGUCAGCUGAGAAGCGGGCGUACCUCCAAGCCAGGUUCCCCCAGCUCAACGACACCAGCUUUGCCAACUCCCGGGACACGUCCUUUGAGCAGCACGUGCUGCGGCACACAGCUGGGAAGGGUGUGGACCUGGUCCUGAACUCGCUGGCAGAAGAGAAGCUGCAGGCCAGUGUGCGGUGCCUGGCCCAGCAUGGCCGCUUCCUAGAAAUCGGCAAAUUUGACCUUUCCAACAACCACCCGCUGGGCAUGGCCAUCUUCCUGAAGAACGUGACCUUCCAUGGGAUCCUGCUGGACGCGCUAUUUGAUGAGCCCAGUGCCGACUGGCAGGAGGUGGCGAAGCUGCUGCAGGCGGGCAUCCGGGACGGCGUGGUGCAACCCCUCAACUGCACUGUGUUCCCCAAGGACCGGGUGGAGGACGCCUUCCGCUACAUGGCCCAGGGGAAGCACAUCGGCAAAGUGGUGGUCCAGGUGCGUGAGGAGGAGCCGGAGGCCAUGCUGCAGGUGCCCACACCCACGCUGAUGGCGGCCACGUCUAAGACCUUCUUCCCGCCCCACAAGAGCUACGUCAUCGCCGGGGGCCUAGGUGGCUUCGGCCUCGAGCUGGCCCGGUGGCUCGUGUUGCGAGGAGCUCAGAAGCUUGUGCUGACGUCCCGCUCUGGGAUUCGUACAGGCUACCAGGCCAAGCAGGUCCAUGAGCUGAGGCGCCAGGGUGUACAGCUGCUGGUGUCCACCAGCAACGCCAGUUCGCUGGACGGGACCCGGGCCCUCAUCGCGGAGGCCACACAGCUGGGGCCUGUUGGAGGCAUUUUCAACCUGGCCAUGGUCCUGAGAGAUGCCAUGUUGGAGAACCAGACCCCCGAGCUCUUCCAGGAUGUCAACAAGCCCAAGUACAGCGGUACCCUGAACUUGGACAGGGUGACCCGGGAGGCGUGCCCCGAGCUGGACUACUUUGUGGUCUUCUCCUCGAUUUCCUGCGGUCGUGGUAAUGCCGGCCAGACAAACUACGGCUUCGCCAACUCCACCAUGGAACGCAUAUGCGAGAAGCGUCAGCAAGAUGGUCUCCCAGGCCUUGCCGUGCAGUGGGGCGCCAUUGGCGAUGUGGGCAUCGUCGUGGAGUCGAUGGGCACCAACGACACGGUCAUCAGCGGGACACUGCCCCAGCGCAUAGUCUCCUGCUUGGAGGUGCUGGACCUGUUCCUGAACCAGCCCUACCCGGUCCUGAGCAGCUUUGUGUUAGCCGAGAAGAAAGCCGCAGCCCGCGGUGACAGCAGCAGCCAGCAGGACCUGGUGAAGGCCGUGGCUCACAUCCUGGGCAUCCAAGACUUGGCCUCUAUCAACCUGGACAGCUCGCUGGCAGACCUGGGUCUGGACUCACUCAUGGGCGUGGAGGUGCGCCAGACGCUGGAGCGUGAGCACGAGCUGGUGCUAUCCAUGCGAGACAUCCAACAGCUCACGUUCCGGAAGCUGCAGGAACUUACCUUGCAGACCACCUCGGCUAAAGAGCUGACAGCCCCCAUGCCCAAGGAGAGUAGCCCUGCACAGCAGCAGGCCCAGCUGAAUCUCGGCAUCCUGCUGGUGAACCCUGAGGGCCCAACCUUGACAAGGCUCAACUCAGUACAGAGCUCCGAGCGGCCGCUGUUCCUGGUGCACCCGAUCGAGGGCUCCACCGCCGUGUUCCAGAGCCUGGCCGCCAAGCUCAGCAUCCCCACCUACGGCCUGCAGUGCACCCGAGCUGCACCCCUGGACAGCAUCCAGAGCCUGGCCGCCUACUACAUGGAGUGCAUCAGGCAGGUGCAGCCCGAGGGGCCCUACCGCAUUGCCGGCUACUCCUACGGGGCCUGCGUGGCCUUUGAGAUGUGCUCACAGCUGCAGGCGCAGCAGAACCCCGCCCCCACACACAACAGCCUCUUCCUGUUCGACGGCUCGCACACCUAUGUGCUGGCGUACACGCAGAGCUACCGCGCCAAGCUGACGCCAGGCUGUGAGGGCGAGGCGGAGACCGAGGCCCUGUGCUUCUUCGUGCAGCAGUUCACGGACGCCGAGCACAGCAGGGUGCUGGAGGCGCUGCUGCCGCUGGCGGGCCUGGAGGAGCGCGUGGCAGCCGCCGUGGACCUGAUCACGCAGAGCCACGCGGGCCUGGACCGCCACGCGCUCACCUUCGCCGCGCACUCCUUCUACCACAAGCUGCGUGCAGCCGAGAAGUACACGCCGCAGGCCACCUACCACGGCAACGUGACCCUCCUGCGCGCCAAGACCGGCGGUGCGUACGGGGAGGACCUGGGCGCCGACUACAACCUGUCCCAGGUGUGCGACGGCAAGGUGUCUGUGCACGUCAUCGAGGGGGACCACCGCACGCUGCUGGAGGGCAGUGGCCUUGAGGCCAUCCUGGGCAUCAUCCACAGCUCCCUGGCCGAGCCACGCGUCAGUGUGAGGGAGGGCUAACCUGCCCCAGCGUCCCUGGGGGCCAGGGAGGGUCCUGCCGGUGGGACCCUGGCCUGCACCCCACGCAGCUGCCCAUGGCCCGUGCUAGAAGUAGGACGAUGCUGGCCCUCCCGGGGCCACCUCCCGCAUGGCCACUCCGCUGCCACCUUGCACGUGGGCGCAGGGCCGGGACCUGCGCUGCUGACUUGGAGACCUGCCCUGGUCUGUGAAGAGUCGGCCAGGCCACGAGCCUCUGCCCACGGGUCCCUCUGUGGCUCGGUGUGAAUUCUAUUUAUUGCGUCGCUGGGGAGGCCCCGGGCUGUACCCCCGUGGAGCUGGUGGUGCUUGGGAGCCGGCCGUGAUGCAGGCCUGUGUGGCAGAGCAGCCGGCGCCGGGCACCCACUCUGUUCUCUGUUAAUUUUUAAGAAAUGUGAUCCAAAUUCAUGCUCAGAUUUUGAAAUUUACUAUAAUUGUUAGUUCAAAGAGGCUUGUCUGGACCUGUUUCAUUUUUACACCAACCUGGUAAAAACGCUGCUCUCCUGAGCCUCUCACGAUUAAACCGCCUAUGAGCUGUG